AUGAAGACCUUUGUUACCGAGGCUCUCUUCCUGCUGCUGCAGGUUCUGUUGGCCAUGACCAGUCAUCCAGAUGGUACCCACUUUUUUGGCUUUUUCCAAACUCUCUUCACCUUGCCCUGGAUGCCUAAGCCCCAAUUCAUCAGUGUUGGUUUUGUGGAUGAUAUACAGUUUGAGAGAUUCAACAGCAGAAGAGAUGUUCAGAGGACAGAGCACUGUGCACCAUGGAAAGAUCAAAAGAAGCCAGAGUAUUGGAAGGAUAACACAGACCUCGUUCUGAGCUAUUUUCAGGAUUUAACAGAGAUACUGCAAAGGAUGCUCAAAAUCUACAACUACAGUCUAACUGGAUAUCACACAAUCCAGAGAAGGUAUGGCUGCUAUAUCCUGCCUCGAGGGUAUUUCAGAAACGGAUUCUUUGAAGUAGUCUUCAAUGACCAUGAUUCCAUCAGGCUGAAUGAGGACCUAAGCACUUGGACCCCAGUGGGCAAGUUUGCAGAGAUUCUCAGAGAAGAGUGGGACUCAUCAGGUUUUACACAAAAUGUGAAGAAUUUCCUGGAGGUUGAAUGUGUGGACUUAUUCCUCACAGAGCUGGAAUAUGGAAAGGAGAUUUUGCUGAGAACAGAUAUCCCCAAAAUACAUGUGAUCCGUAAGGUCAGACCUGAUAAGAAAAUCACUCUGAGGUGCUGGGCCUUGAAAUUUUACCCUGCUGAAAUCACCCUAACCUGGGAAAGGGACAAAAGCAAUCAAACCCUGGACAUGGAGGUCACGGAGACCAUGCCUACAGGGGAUGGAACCUUCCAGAAGUGGGCAGCUGUUGUGGUACUUUCUGGAGAAGAACAUAGAUAUAAAUGUCAUGUGAAUCAUGAGGGGCUGCCUGAGCCCAUCACCCUGAGAUGGGUGCCUCCUGAGCCCACCAUUUCCUUUAUGCAUAUUGUUAUUGUUGUGGUUCUUGGAGCUCUGCUUAUGGGAGCUAUGAUGACUUUGCUGAUAUGGAAGAGGAGGACUAGAGGUUAAGACAGAUGUGGUACAGAGCCAUUAAACACUGUUUCUGGCUUCUUCUCCCAUGGUGCCUUCUCUUUCCACAUCUGACUGUGACUAUGUGUCUGUCUCCUCUGAACACAGUGUAAGCAGCUCACAGGAAGAAGCCCCAUCUUGACUCUUAUUGUGUGUUUUCCUCAGUCAUCUCUCAUAUUCCCACACAGGCAGGACUGGGAAACCUCCAUCCCCAAUUGGAAUUUAUCUUUCACCAACCUAGCAUCUCAUGCUCCUGUCUUUUCUUAACUAUUAG